AUGGAUUCCUCUUCUUGUAGUGACCCUCAUCCAGAAGUCCCCGAGUUUGCGGUAAUGGUUCUUGAUGGGAGCCGACAUCCAUCAUUAAAUGGCGCGGCAGGCUCCGGGGUUAUCUACCGCAGCAAUGCUGGCCGUCAGCUAGAUGCACCAAACUCUUCUACCCACAAGCAAAAAAGGGAUCAACCAUUACUGAAGCUAGGCGAGCUGAACAAUUGGAUAGAUGUCGAAAAUUCGAUGGUAUCAGCAUGCAACACGCUGGAUACCUUGUCAACUAAAGACCACGACACGGGUGGAUUUUCUGGCAAGAUCAAGUGGGCAUUCCGUGCGUUAUGCCAGAAAGCAGAGAUUGGCUCGACUUUUGUGUCUAUGGUUCCAAGCGAAGUACCAUGCAGCUCCGUACUUUGUGGAGGGUUGAAAGCUGUAUUUACAGCUUUAGAGCGCUCUCAUAACUAUCGCGAGGACGUCUACAAGGCUAUUGAAGAGAUCCCAUACAUCAUCAAUGACCACGCGGUGUAUAUUGAUAUCCACGCGGAAGAUGAGGAGUUACAUAGGCGAAGUGCGGCUUUAUAUGUAGCCCUUUUCCACCUGAUGCAACAUAUACUCCUAUGGUUUGUCAAGAACCCCGUUGUUACUGGGAUGAAGUUUCUCUUUACCCCUCAAGGUUUCGCAGAAGGCCUCAAAGAUCGAAUGGCUGAUAUCAAGAGGGCUGCUGCGCGUUUCGAGAAACAUGCGCUGUUUCUAAGAAACUUGCGUCACGACGAGUCGAUGAGAUUACAACAUUGGAUGGCGUACAAACUUGGCGAAAAUAGCGAGGAUCUGGCCUUGAUACGGAAUCGCUGCGAGGCCCUUGAGAGCAUGUGUCAAUUCUUACAGCAGCCGCAUCGUGGAAUCAUGGAACGGGGUGCACGAAGACAACGUCAAUUGGAGUUAACCUUAUAUGAAGACACACCAAGCCCUGAAGAAAUUCGCAAUAACUUACUCCAGAAACUAGCCUUCGACGAGUAUCUUCUUCCCAACGACUGUAGCGGCCUUCUCAACAUUCGCAAGGGCUCGGGUAACGGGUUGGACACGGAACGGAUCCUAGCGAUGCAAAACCACCCUCAACUACAAGCAUGGAUGUCCUUAAACAAAUCAUCCGUGUUACUCGUAGAUGGAGGUUGUGCAGUGUCAAGCGCUUGCGAGAUCUCGUACGUCUGCGCUCAGAUCGUGGAAUCCAUGUUGCAGCUUUCCGAGCAAGCUGAUCAUGGUAACAACACUUCCAACGUGUUUAUCACACCCCUAGCUUUCUUUUGUAGCCGGCACCGAGACAGACGACGGGAUGUCUUUGGAAGACCUAAAGGGCCUAUCGCUGCGUUAUUGUCACAAUUAAUUAACCGAUUCCAUGGAUUUGGCACGAAACAACUCCAAGCCUGUCAGAGCGACCUCGCCAACGACGACAUCGAAAGCACGUGUAAGGUAUUUGGGAAGUUGAUCAAAAGGUUACCGGCCACUUCCAUCGUGGUGCUCGUGUUUGAGGGCGUCGAUGUUCUCAUGGAAGAGAAGACGAGGAGUGCAUUAAGAUACAUAUUACACUCACUACUAGAAACCCACGGUGGGACGCAUGCCGCGGCUUUGAAGUUUCUCUUUACAUGCACGACCUCAUCUGAGCCCGUAGUGGAUCUUUUUGAGGAGUACGACGUCCUUCGUAUUCCACGAGUACUCCAAUCCCGUGGCUCAUAUCGUAACUUCAUGUGGAAAGACUCUGGUCGUUUGGAGGCUCUUGGAACACUUGAAUGA